AUGAAAUACGGCGAACAGCUGGAGCGGGAGUCUGUCCCUGAGUGGAGCUUACACAACGUCGACUACAACUCCCUGAAGCACGAGAUCAAGGUCCACACAACCCGCGACCAAGCCACAGCUCUCACCAUCCCCGGCCACCCAGACACUGCCCUCCGCCGAUUCGAAGAUGCCUUGUACAACGAGCUCUGCCACCAGCACGACCGACUCGACUUGUUCGUCGCCAGCAAGGCCGACGAGGUAUCAAGACGACUGGACCUAGAUCACAUUGCCGCCAGCAUCAAGCGGUUUGCCGCCAAGAACCACCACCAAUCCGAUUUGCCGAGUGUAUCCUUGAGAAACCAACGCAAAUUCCUCAAGUAUGAGCGCGAACUGCUACGGUGCAGGGAAGAUACACAAGCUUUGAUCCGCUUCGUCAAUGCUCAGGUCACUGCAUUUCGCAAGAUUCUCAAGAAAUACAGGAAGUGGACAGGCUCAUCCUCAUUAAGCACAAGAUUCAAUGACGAGGUGCUGAGCAACCCCAAGAGCUUCACCCGACGCAACUUUACCGAUCUACAACGACGGCACGACGAGGUCGAACAGAUCCUUCGCAAUGCUACUCCGGCUUUUAGCGAACCCAGCUCUCCCUCGUCGGUCGAUACGCCCGUGGCCCCUUCGACGAGACGCGAUUCGAACUCACCGCGCGUCACCUUCGACCCUCUACCGCCAUCCUGUCUCUAUCCGCAGACCAAGUAUUGGAACGAGUACGAUGACGGCAGCGAGGCGGGCAGCCCAGAGGACGACUACGCAAUCUACGUCGAUCCCGACCAGGGCUCGGGUUUCCCUGGCUUGAAGCUUGCCCAGGCCCUCAUGUCCUUUCCCUUGGAAAAGGCCAAGGAAUGGCUGGGCAAGCCGCGGUCAUCCGAGCGACAACCCCUGUUCUCGUCCGGUGACCCUUUCAACCAGGGCUACGGCUCCACGACGGCCGUGCACACCGACUCCGAGGAAGACGAGGAGGCCUACGCCAGCUCCGACAACUUCCCCACACAUGGCUAUGCCGCGCACUACGCGCUGCCCAGCGUCAACAGCCAGCGUCUGCAUCGGUACCGGGAGCGAGUGCUGUUAUGGGGGACAAUUGGCUGCUUUGGCGCCGCCUUUGUCUUUUUCGGCAUUGCCGGGAUUCUCAUCUCGACGGGCCGGCACAAGCUGCGAGUCGAGGUCGAUGCCGGAGCCACGCUUGGAGCCAUGGUGAGCCUGUUCUGCGCCUGCUCCGGCCUCGGCAUGACGCUGUACCGAGAAGACCGGCUGUCCCUGGCUUACCGCCUGAUUGUCUGGGGUACAUUCAUCGCCACGUGUCUCCUCAACGGCAUGCUGCUCAUCCUAAUCUUGGGGAAUGCGCCGUGA